GGGCUGACUCCGGAGGAGGUGCGCAGCGUGCGCGUGCUGCCCUUCGACUACGAGCUCGAGUACGUGUGCCGGCCCGAGCGCGAGCUCGUGGGGCCCAAGGUGCGCAAGUGCCAGCGCGACGGCUCCUGGACCGCGGGGGGACAGCCCAGCCGCUGCCUGCGUCCCUGCCCGCGGGCCCAGCUCUCCCUGGAGCACGGCUCGGUCCUGACCCACGCCAUGGAGCGGGUGCCGGUGGAGGGCACCUGGGCCGAGUUCAGCUGCGACCCCGGCUACCGCCUGGUGGGGCCCCCCCGCAGCAACUGCACCCGCCUGGGCCGAUGGAGCACCCCGAGGCCCUCCUGCGAGCUUCGUCGUCCUUCCUCAGGGAAGAAGGCGGUGCACGUCGGGGCCCUGUUCCCCAUGAGCGGGGGGUGGCCGGGGGGCCAGGCCUGCCUGCCCGCCGUGCGCAUGGCCCUGGAGGACAUCAACAGCCGGGGGGACAUCCUGCCCGACCACGAGCUGCGCCUCAUCCACCACGACAGCAAGUGUGACCCUGGCCAAGCCACCAAGUACCUCUAUGAGCUGCUCUACAACGACCCCAUCAAGAUCAUCCUCAUGCCCGGCUGCAGCAGCGUCUCCACACUGGUGGCCGAGGCUGCUCGGAUGUGGAACCUCAUCGUGCUCUCGUACGGCUCCAGCUCCCCGGCGCUGUCCAAUCGGCAACGCUUCCCCACCUUCUUCCGCACCCACCCCUCGGCCACGCUGCACAACCCCACCCGCGUGCAGCUCUUCAAGAAGUGGGGCUGGACCAAGAUCGCCACCAUCCAGCAGACCACGGAGGUCUUCACCUCGACCCUGGAUGACCUGGACCAGCGGGUGAAGGAGGCCGGGUUGGAGAUCACCUUCAGGCAGAGCUUCUUCUCCGACCCCGCGGCGCCGGUGCGCAACCUCAAGCGCCAGGAUGCCCGCAUCAUCGUGGGGCUCUUCUAUGAGACUGAGGCACGGAAAGUCUUCUGCGAGGUCUACAAGGAGAAGCUCUAUGGCAAGAAGUACGUCUGGUUCCUCAUUGGUUGGUACGCGGACAACUGGUUCCGCAUCAAGGACCCGGCCAUCAACUGCACUGAGGCUGAGAUGGCCGAAGCCGUUGAAGGCCACGUCACCACCGAGAUCGUGAUGCUCAACCCCGAGAACACCCGCAGCAUCUCCAACAUGACCUCGCAGGAGUUCAUCGAGAAGCUACAGAAGAGGCUGGGGAAGAACCCGGAGGAGACGGGGGGCUUCCAAGAGGCCCCCUUGGCCUACGACGCCAUCUGGGCCUUGGCCUUGGCCCUCAACAAGACCUCCACGGAGCUCCUGAAGAAGGGGUUGCGCUUGGAGGACUUCAACUACAACAACAAGAACAUCACCGACGAGAUCUACCGGGCCCUCAACUCCUCCGCCUUCGAGGGCGUCUCGGGCCACGUUGUCUUCGACGCCAGCGGCUCCCGCAUGGCCUGGACGCUCAUCGAGCAGCUCCAAGGAGGUGUCUACAAGAAGAUCGGUUACUACGACAGCACCAAGGACAACCUCUCCUGGUACAACAAUGACAAGUGGAUUGGCGGUUCCCCACCAGCCGACUACACCAAGGUCAUCACCACCUUCCGCUUCCUGUCCCAGAAGCUCUUCAUCUCCGUCUCCGUGUUGGCUUCCUUGGGCAUCCUCUUGGCCAUCAUCUGCUUGGCCUUCAACAUCUACAACGGGCACGUCAGGUACAUCCAGAACUCCCAGCCCUACCUGAACAACAUGACCGCCGUGGGGUGCACCUUGGCCUUGGCCGCCGUCUACCCCCUUGGCCUCGAUGGCUACCACAUUGGACCCGGCCUGUUCCCCUUCGUGUGCCAGGCCCGCCUGUGGCUCCUGGGCCUUGGCUUCAGCCUGGCCUAUGGGAGCAUGUUCACCAAGAUCUGGUGGGUCCACACGGUCUUCACCAAGAAGGAUGAGAAGAAGGAGAAGAGGAAGACCUUGGAGCCGUGGAAGCUCUAUGCCACCGUGGGGCUGCUGGUGGGGCUGGACGUGGUCACCUUGGUCAUCUGGCAGAUCGUGGACCCAUUGCAUCGCACCAUUGAGGAGUUCACCAAGGAGGAGCCCAAGACGGACACGGACGUCUCCAUCCUGCCCCAACUGGAGCACUGCAGCUCCACCAAGAUGAACACUUGGCUUGGGAUCUUCUAUGGCUUCAAGGGCUUGCUCCUGCUCUUGGGCAUCUUCUUGGCCUAUGAAACCAAGAGCGUGUCCACUGAGAAGAUCAACGACCACCGAGCGGUGGGGAUGGCCAUUUACAACGUGGCGGUCCUCUGCCUCAUCACGGCGCCCGUCACCAUGAUCCUGAGCAGCCAACAGGAUGCGGCCUUCGCCUUCGCCUCAUUGGCUGUUGUCUUCUCCUCCUACAUCACCUUGGUGGUCCUCUUCGUGCCCAAGAUGCGUCGCCUCAUCACGCGCGGCGAGUGGCAGUCGGAGCAGCAGGACACCAUGAAGACCGGCUCGUCCACCAACAACAACGAGGAGGAGAAAUCCCGGCUCCUGGAGAAGGAGAACCGGGAGCUGGAGAAGAUCAUUGCCGAGAAACAGGAGCGCGUCUCCGAGCUCCGGCAGCAGCUCCAGGCCCGGCAGCAGCUCCGUUCCCGGCGCCGCUCCUCCUCCUCCUCCUCCAUCACCGGCACCACCAGCGGCACCACCAGCGACCCCCACCAGCAGGGGGCGCCCACCCCACCGGGGGGUCCCUUCUACCCCCAGAGCCUGCCCCUCGUCCGCUGCCUCGUGGCCGAGCAGGCCGACAAGAUGGGCAGGGGCAACUGCGACGGGAGCCGCGUGCAUCUGCUCUAUAAGUGACCCUGACCCCCCCCUCCAUGGGG